AUGGUAUCACUACGUAACGCUAUCGUUGGAUUUACACGAGCCUAUCGAACGCUCCUUAAGAGUUCGUUGUAUGUAAGUGGUGGCCUAGUUACGAUUGCUGCAGGCCUUUAUUAUUUCGAUAUUACCAACGAGAAACGUUUCAAGCGAGCAUUGCAAAAUCAUUUCAAGACAGCACAUGCAGAUAUACUCGGUGAAUUGAACAGAAGGCAUUCAAGUGCACUACCUACUCGAGCUGAUCUUCUGAAGUCAUUAAAAGAUGACGAAUUCGAUAUACUCGUUAUCGGAGGUGGUGCCACUGGCGCCGGAGUGGCUUUGGAUUCACAAACUCGAGGUUUAAAGACCGCAUUAGUUGAAUUGGACGAUUUUUCGAGUGGUACAAGUUCACGAAGUACGAAGCUGAUUCAUGGUGGUGUACGAUAUUUACAAGCUGCCAUAUUUGGUUUGGAUUUGGAGCAGUAUAGAAUGGUACGAGAGGCUUUAUUCGAACGUGCGAACCUUUUGCAUUGUGCACCGCAUCUGUCAUAUCCUCUACCUAUAAUGUUACCUAUUUACAAACUCUGGCAAGUACCAUACUAUUGGUUCGGUAUUAAAGCGUACGAUUUCGUUUCUGGUAAAAGAGUGCUGAAAAAUUCUUUCUAUAUUAGCAAAGAGCAAGCUCUCGAACGUUUUCCGAUGCUUAAGAAAGAAUCACUAAAAGGAGCACUAAUCUACUAUGAUGGACAACACAACGAUGCACGAAUGAAUUUGUCGAUAAUCUUAUCGGCCAUAAGACACGGUGCGAAAGCGGUAAAUCAUACGAAGGUGACGCAAUUGCUCAAAAAUGCUGAAGGAAAACUGUGUGGAGCGCAUGUGAAAGAUUUGCUGACCGGACAAGAGUGGGAUGUCAAGGCUAAAGCGGUUGUUAAUGCAACCGGUCCGUUCACUGAUUCCAUGCGUAUAAUGGCUGAUCCGGAGACUAAACCCAUUUGCCAACCUUCGGCCGGUGUUCACAUUGUACUUCCUGGAUACUAUAGUCCAUCGAAUACGGGUUUGCUUGAUCCGUCGACAAGCGAUGGUCGUGUGAUCUUCUUCUUGCCAUGGGAACGAAUGACCGUAGCUGGCACCACGGAUGCACCAAUGCCAGUCACGUUCCAUCCGAAGCCAUCCGAUUUGGACGUGGAGUUCAUUCUCCAAGAAAUUCGUCAUUAUUUGUCGAAUGACGUUAGUGUUCGACGUGGCGAUGUGCUAAGCGCAUGGUCAGGUCUACGUCCACUGGUUCGUGAUCCGAAUAAAAAGGACACAAAAUCGUUGGCAAGAAAUCAUAUUAUUGAAGUAUCAAAGAGUAAUCUAAUCACUAUUGCUGGUGGUAAAUGGACAACGUACAGACACAUGGCUGAAGAGACCGUGGAUGCGGCCAUCAAAGCUUGUGAUCUGAAACCACGUAAUGGAUGCGUUACGGCUGGUCUAUUGUUGGAAGGUGCGCACAAUUGGGAUCCUCUUCUCUACAUUCACCUCGUGCAGGAUUUCGGCCUUGAAGAGGAUAUCGCACGACAUUUGGCAAGUACUUACGGUGAUCGUGCAUUUGUGGUAGCUCGUAUGAGUAAAAUGACUGGCAAAAGAUGGCCGAUCGUUGGGCAUCGCCUCCAUAACGAAUUUCCUUACAUCGAAGCCGAGGUGAGAUACGCGAUCAGAGAGUAUGCAUGCACGGCGAUUGAUGUGAUUGCGCGACGUACACGACUGGCAUUCUUGAACACUUAUGCGGCACAUGAAGUACUCAAUGAAGUUGUCGACAUAAUGGCGAAGGAGUUGAACUGGUCAAAAGAUGAACGAAAACGGCAAUUCGAAAUGGCACAAGAGUUCAUCAACGUUGAGAUGGGUCAGAAUGCCCGAACGCAGUCGCUUUCUGCAGUUGCGUUGAACUUGACUCACGACGAGAUGGAGGUUGCGAAAGAGCGCUUCAACGUGCUCGAUAAAGACGGUAAAGGACAUAUCACUGUGAAUGAUCUCAGAAGUUACUUUAGAAACCAUGGUGAGAAACUCGACGAACGCUUAUUGCAUGAAUUGUUGAAUGAAGUUGAUUUAAAUAAAAACGGAGAAAUUGAACUGACCGAAUUCUAUCAGUUAUACAGUGGACUUAAAGGUGGACAAAUUGUGCAGAAUCGAUUGGCGCGUUACCUGGAUGAAUUUCAGAGCAAAUCUGCAGUGUCAGUUCAUCGUUCUGGUGGAGGAGUUUAG